UCUUAAUUACUUAGUCCAAAGUGAAGUAAAGGAGCUUGCUUGUCCCUUUUACCCUCUCUCUAGAGCCCACUUUUGGUAUAAGAGUAAGCAAACAGGGGAAACAUCUGUGGAGAUAUGGACAUGAAAGGGGAAGUUUUGAAAUCAAGAUUCAAGAGGGUAUGUGUGUUUUGUGGGAGCAGUACUGGCAAGAGGAAAUGUUACAGAGAUGCUGCUGUUGAAUUAGCCCAAGAAUUGGUGGCAAGAAAAUUGGACCUUGUUUAUGGAGGAGGGAGUACUGGGUUAAUGGGUUUGGUUUCACAAGCUGUUCACCAUGGUGGAGGCAAUGUUCUUGGGAUCAUUCCUAGAACUCUAAUGAGUAAAGAGAUAAGUGGUGAAACUAUUGGGGAAGUAAGGGCAGUAGCUGACAUGCACCAAAGAAAGGCAGAAAUGGCCAAUCACUCUGAUUGUUUCAUUGCCCUACCAGGUGGCUAUGGAACUUUAGGGGAGUUAUUAGAAGUCAUAACUUGGGCUCAGUUGGGAAUCCAUGACAAACCUGUAGGUUUGCUUAAUGUUGAUGGCUAUUAUAACUAUUUACUUACUUUCAUCGACAAAGCCGUGGAUGAUGGCUUUAUCAAACCUUCCCAACGCCAUAUCUUUGUCUCUGCACCAAAUUCUAAAGAACUGGUUCAAAAGCUUGAGGAGUAUGUGCCUGUCCAUGGAGUCAUUGCUAAAGCAAGUUGGGAAGCUGAACAGCUGGCUUUCACUGCUACUACUACUACUUUACAGACUGAGAUCACUCUAUAAAGGAGAGACAUGAAAAUGGAAUAACAUGGAAAAGAAGGAAAAAAAAGGGUGUUUUAGGCUCUUAGUCUUAGCUUUUUACUUUGAUUUUUGGGUCAUUAUAUAUAUAUACCAACCAUGCCAUUAACAAUAUGGUAAGGUUUGAUUAAUGACAAGAGAUAAAGAAAGUUGACAGAAGUGGUCUUGUUUUGGUAUUAAAAGAGGUAACUCAUUUACUUGGGCAUUUAAGUUGUAUUUUGGUUAUCUAUGGUGAUGUAAAAUAUCAUAUAUAUAGAAAGAAUAGGUAUGCUUGCAUUACUUUUGAUGAAAGUUUUACAUAUUUUGUUCUUAGUUCGGUUGGGAUCUGAAUUUCAGACUACAAUACUACCAUUGCUACAUUCUCCAGCUCAUUUGCAGGGACAGUGGUAUUUUUGAACUAUAGCCGCUGAUUAUGAUGUAAUUGCUAAACUAGACUUUGACUAGUUCAAGUGGUAAGGUGAAAUCACUAGCCAUUUUGCCCUGAUAUUGAUGUGUUAUUUGCAUUAUAUGAUAUUAAUAAGAGUUUUGUUAGCCUUUGGGGAUUGGGGGGACUUUUGCUUGAACAUAAAUGGAAAGCUUCAUAUAUUAUCUUAUGAUGUGAUAGUUUCUACCAUGUACAUGCAUUUCAAUGAACAGCUUCAAGAAAUCAGUCAUUCAUCCCUUGGAACUCAUUUAUUUGAUGAUUUUUGAGUUCUGAAUAAAUGGUUAAAAAAAUUGUAACUUAAAAAUGAGAAUUAGUUGUAAAUUUAACCAAGUAUAAUAACAUCAUUUCAUGGCUGCCUGGUCCUACUCCUAUAGCAAGGAACAAUAUAGUACAAAGGUAUACGGCCAUUGGUUGCCUAGAAGAAGCAUGUUAUCAUCAGGUUCAGGUCAUGGGGCCGGAGAAUCUGACAACUGUUGCCGACCGGCUUUUAGUUUUGUUUUUUUGUUCUCAGUUUUUGUCUGCUUUUGUGCUGCUCCGGUCCUUCCCUACGCAAAGGCAUAACGGUGGUGUGGUGGCCGCCAGCUGCUGCUCAUCAACAUGAACCACCUCUUUGAUUUUGUAUUACUAGUGAAACACAACCCAGAAUAUUUAAUUUCUCUCAAGUUUGAGAUAU